AACUAGAAGUGCAACUAGAGUGCAACGUCAUGCUAGUGCUGCCGUCGUGCUAGUUCUCGCAACUGGUUGGUACGCUCAACGGCACGUCCAGUGGGAGGGCGUAAGCUUGCGAGACUUUCGUCUAGACCGGAGAGGAUAGGGGUCUAGACGGUCUAGACUUUGGUCCAGUGCACGACUGUUGAGUCAUUGCGUACGGUUCGUCACCUUCAAAUUGUUUACAAACGUGUCAAGUGUCAAGCUGUCAAGUGUGGGUUGUUUUGCUGUAAAAGAAUGAUGAUAAGAACCAUGAUAAGAACGGUUAAUAAAUAGUGAAAAAAGAACGGGUACUUCACACUCGUAAUUCAUAACUGCAUUCGCUCAGACUUCUCACUUUCUCAAAAAUGGUGAAAUCAUCCAGCAAUACCUUGUUAAAGCAAUUUUAUAACUGCCAAAUUCUAAGGAAUGGUCAUAUAAUCAAAGAGGAUUUAUGGGUUAGAGACGGUAGAUUCGUGAAUCCGGAAAAAAUUUUCUACGACGAGAAAAUUCAGCCAGGCAUCAAAAUUGAUUGUUGCGGCAUGUUGAUAUCACCAGGAUUCAUCGAGCUGCAAAUAAACGGUGGAUACGGAGUUGAUUUUUCCUAUGACAUAGAUACCGUACAAGCAGGGAUUUCUAAAGUAGCGGUAGGCUUGUUAUCUAGCGGCGUUACUUCGUUUUGCCCUACUCUAGUGACAUCCCCGAGUGAAACGUAUAAAAAAGUACUACCGCAAAUUGUAAAAAAAAGCGGAGGAGCACACGGCGCAACGGUAUUAGGCGUCCACGUGGAAGGACCGUUCAUAAACCCUUUGAAAAAAGGUGCUCAUCCAGAGAACUGUAUCAAAACAUUAGAUGAGGGCUUUCAAUCUUUGCUGAAUAUGUACGGCAGCUUAGAUAAUAUUUGCUACCUUACCCUAGCUCCUGAACUUGUCAACUCAUCCAGUGUGAUCAAAGGAUUAUGUGAAAAAAACAUCAAAGUGUCUGUCGGACAUUCCAUCGCCAAUUUAUGCCAAGGCGAACAAGCUGUCAAAGAUGGAGUAACAUUCAUCACACACUUAUUUAAUGCAAUGUUGCCGUUUCAUCAUAGAGACCCUGGUCUCGUAGGUCUUUUGACUUCAAAACAAAUACCACAAGGACGGAUCGUCCAUUAUGGGAUCAUAGCCGAUGGGGUGCAUACUCACCCUGCAGCACUACGUAUUGCACAUCGUACUCAUCCGGAAGGCCUAGUCCUAGUUACCGAUGCUAUAUCGGCAAUGGGUCUUGAAGAAGGUAUCCAUCAGCUUGGACAACUUGAAAUCGAAGUACGAAGUGGGCGAGCUUACAUAGCUGGUACUAACACGCUAUGUGGAAGUAUUGCCGAGAUGGCUACGUGCAUUCGAUUCUUCAAAAAAGCCACGGGCUGCUCAACGGUUCACGCCCUGGAGGCCGCAACGCUACACCCGGCAAGAGCGAUUGGAAUAGAAUCUGUUAAGGGCGUCCUGAACUUUGGGGCUGAUGCAGAUUUCGUGUUACUCAAUUCAGACUUGGAAGUGAUCUCGACAUGGAUAGCCGGUGAACAAGUGUAUCCGCGGUUAUGUGAGAAAGAGAAAGACUGACUCAAAACGUUGUUACGAUUUGUCUCUGCAUGCGGACUGUUAUUGAUGAAUCUGUCGAACGAAAAUUUGAACAACGCUUGUAAUAACAACGUUUAAAUGUCUCGCCUUUAUCAAUCGUUUCGAGAGACACAGAUUUCGUGAACUUUUAUGCUUUUCUAUCAUGCCUUGUGAUCAUGUUGAGUAUUUACGCCUGUGAAACGAAAAUUCCGAAUUGACUACCUGCGAAAUACAUUUGUUAUAUAAUGUUUAACCUAACUCAAAUCACGUACAGCUAUAUUUCAUCGAUUAUCGUCCUAUUUCCAUUAUUCUUUCAAGUAACAAGAACGAAAGUUCCCAAAAAGAUUAUUGUUAGAGGAAAAUUAUAACCAUUGAAAAGAUUUAUUAUAACCGUAAUAAAUAUCAAGUCCAUUA